AGUUCUUCAGGGUCCGUCUGACGUGAGUGUAGCAGCUAAUGAGAAAUGAUAACAUUUCUUUCCUCGGCACUCAAAGUGGAACAGUUGGAAGACACAGGAAAAGCAGUCCGUUCUCGACCUCGGAAUAAUAUUGAAUGAAAGAGGCUUAAAACAAAAAUAACAGGCUGGAUCAGAUCGGAGGCAGUUGUUGUCGACUUUACGUUUGAUUUAAUAUUCGUUGUUUUGUCAAUGCCAGCUUAAUUAAUGUUGACAAACUGAGGAAACUAACAUUGCGUUGUACUUGGAUCACCAGCUUCCUGGUUGCUAUUGACUCUCAUAACAGCUGGAGACAUAAAAAGCUCUACAGAAAAGCGUAACGUUAAAAGCGAACAAUUUUUUAAAAUGAAUAACAGUACACUGGAAAAAGAGAACGAAUCAAAUGACUACACCAACCACGAAGAAGAGGUGCGGACACUGUUCGUCAGCGGUUUGCCGCUCGAUAUCAAACCCAGAGAGCUUUACCUCCUAUUCAGACCAUUUAAGGGCUAUGAAGGCUCUCUAAUAAAGCUCACCUCCAAACAGCCCGUGGGCUUUGUCAGCUUUGACAGCCGAUCGGAGGCGGAAGCGGCGAAGAACGCUCUGAAUGGGGUCCGAUUCGACCCGGAGAUUCCCCAGACCCUGCGCCUGGAGUUCGCCAAAGCCAACACCAAGAUGGCCAAGAACAAGCUGGUGGGCACGCCCAACCCCCCGCCCUCCCAGCAGAGCCCCCAGUUCAUCAGCAGAGACCCGUAUGAGCUCACAGUCCCAGCGCUGUACCCCAGUAGCCCUGACGUCUGGGCGCCGUUUCCACUGUACCCCGCGGAGCUGUCCCCUGCACUGCCUCCCGCUUUCACCUACCCCUCCUCGCUCCACGCUCAGAUUCGCUGGAUCCCUCCUGCCGAUGGCGGCCCCCAAGGAUGGAAGUCCAGGCAGUUCUGCUGAAAUCUCUGUGUCUGAUGUGUGAUGGUGGCCACAGAUGGUCUUGAUGGUUGAUCUCAGUCCUGAAGUCCAACCAGGGGGAUUCCCAGGCACGUUAACCAAACUGUGGACCGUUGGCGACAACACCUCUCUGGGCCCAAGGAACGUCAAGACCUCUGCCUCUGUCACACAUCUACCCAUCACGACUUCUCUCUCUCCGCCCCCCUUUUGUACUGUUACAUACUCAAGAUUUCUUCUUAUUAGCCCUCUUCUUAUUAUUGUCAUUGUUAUUAUUAUUGUUGUUAUUGUUGUUACUAUGAUCAUUGAUUAUUAUUACAAUACAGGUUGAAGCAUGACUUGCCAAAAGAAUGCUGUAAAUUUUUAGAUAUUUUGAGUAAAAAUACAAGUAUUUUUGUAUGAGGACGAUGUUCUGAAUCAUUGCGUUUUGUUCUGUUGUGUUGAUUUAAGUGUGAGAGGAUCCGUGUCAAAGAUUAGUUCCCUCUCCAGGAGCUACGGUGCGUGGUUCCCCCUGGGUCACUGCACUGCACUGCUCUGGAGGUGAAAAUCAGUAUCUCAUAAACUACCAGAUCCAAGAUUAUUUAGUAACAUUGUGUUUCUCCUAUUAUUCUGAUUUCUUCUGCUCUCCUCCUCAUGCGUUUGUUAUUGCGACUUGUGUAACAGACUACACACAAGGGAAAGGUCACAUUUCUGGAAUUGGCCAGAAUUCACUCUCUCUACAGAUUCAACCACGGUUCAGCUUGAGAAACCAGACUUUCUGUCUGGAGCAAAGAACACCUCGGACAGAAAAACACCAUCGCUCACGUGACACUUUGCUCUGGACUUGCCCAAGGCUUUCUGAAAUCAGGAAGCCACAACCACGUCAACCGCCUCAUUUGCACCAGGUCACCAAGAUGGCGCAAGAUUGUCACCAACACAUUAUGAAUAUGCGGAUUGCUGUCAGUUAUGUUCGACAUGAACUUACAACAAACAACAAAAAAACGACAACAACAAAAAUAAAAUGUAUUACUGUGGAAAUAUGUAAGGAAUGGACCAUUUGAGCCCAAUGCUCCCAUGGGAAACGGACUGUGAUAGACCAGGCCAUAUUCUCCAAUGGGAGACAGGCAUUGACAAACCAAAGCCAUGCUGGUAUAUCACAGCAACAACAACUGAGCUAAUGGAGAAGUUUCUCUGUCUUUUGAACCAAUAAUAUCUUGAAUUUCUUUUGUAAAGUG